AUGGCCCUGAAGAACGACAACGCGAACCUCACGUCAUCUCCAGCCAGUUCCGACCUCGAAAAUAAUACUGUCGAACCCAAGCCCGACGCAUCCACCGGCCGAACAAUCGGCAGCAUCCGGUGGGCUCUCGUGUGCCUCUCGCUCUAUAUCUCUAUCUUCAUCUACGGCCUCGACACCACCAUUGCUGCCGAUGUCCAGGGCUCCGUCGUCGAAGCAUUUGGCCACGUUGAGCAGCUUUCCUGGAUAGGCUCCGGCUUCCCUCUUGGCUCGGUGUCUGUCAUUCUCCUCUAUGGCACCCUGUACACGGCAUUCAACAUGAAAUGGAUAUAUGUCGCGUCCAUGGUCAUAUUCGAGAUCGGAUCAGCGCUCUGCGGCGCAGCACCCAAUAUGGAUGCUCUUAUCGUCGGUCGCGUCAUUGCUGGUUGUGGCGGUAGCGGCGUCUUCAUGGGCUGCCUGAACUACUUCUCCAGCCUGACCACGCCCGAAGAACGAGGUCUCUACAUCGCCGGAACCGGCUUCUGCUGGGGCAUAGGAGCUGUCCUAGGCCCUGUAAUUGGUGGCUCCUUUGUCGAGUCCAGCGCUUCGUGGCGCUGGGCAUUUUACAUAAACCUCGUUAUAGGCGCUGCUUUCGCCCCUGUGUAUAUUUUAGGAAUGCCGUCUGUUCGCCCUGUAACUGAUCUCUCGGUGAUGGAUCGUGUUAAGAGACUUGACUUUUUGGGAUUCCUUCUCGCUGCUGGGGUCUGGAAUUCCUUCACAAUAGCUUUCACCAUGGCCGGAGGCCAAUGGCACUGGAGCAACGGUCGCACUAUUGGUACCAUCGUGGCUUUCGUUGCAGUCCUGGCCAUGUAUGCUAUCCAGCAAACCUUCUCCAUCCUCACCACCCCAGAGAACCGAUCCUUUCCGAUCCAUCUUCUCAGGUCCAGAACCCAGAUACUACUCUACAUCGGCACGGCAGCUAACGUAACAGCCAUGUUUGUGGUCGUCUACUUCAUCCCGAUCUACUUUCAAUUCGUACAUGGCGACUCGGCUUUACAGGCUGCCGUCCGACUACUACCAUUUGUCGUGGUCACCGUAUCCUUCAACCUCAGCGCUGGCCAUCUACUAUCGAAGAUCCGAUACUAUAUGCCCAUAUAUGUUGUUUCAGGAACCUUGAUGACCCUAGGUAGUUCUCUGCUGACCGCUUACCUCGACCCGAAGACUCCUGCUGGCCUAAUCUAUGCCUUCACUGUCAUCACCGCUGUGGGUGCUGGCCUAACCCUGCAGCUUGGCUACCCUGUGGCCACUCUUAAAGCACCGAAACACAUGGGUGAUGCACUGGCAUUACAAAAUAUCGCACAGAUAGGCGGCAUCGUCAUCUCUUUAGUGAUAGCUGGCCAAGUCUUUCAAUCCACUGUUACUUCAAACCUGGCGAAGGUGCUAGAACACACAGGCUUCACAGAUGCGGAUAUCCAGAGCGCCGUUGCGGGAGCUCAGAGCAAGAUCUUCCAAGAAAUCAGUAGGGAACUGAGAGAACAAGCUAUUUUAGCCAUUACGCAAGCCAUGCAGAGGUCGUUCAUUUUGGUUUGUAUUGGCGGUGGUGUUCUGACCAUCUCUGGCCUUCUUAUGAAGCGCGAGAGGCUCUUUGGAGAUGUUGUUCCGGUCGGUGCUUGA